UCAAUUUUACCGUUACUCCAAAUCCCUUCAUAAAAUAAAUAUAUAUUGAUAAUUAAAAAGUACUUGAGAAAAGCUUGAAAGAGGAAAAGCAAUCCCCAACAUAUAGUACUCUUGAGCCAUGAACUCUCUCUUGGAAGAAAAAAUCCAAAGAAAGCAAACACACUUGCCUCAAUUCAGCAACAGAAAGAACAUAUACAAACUAAUCCAUCUAACAGCAAAACCCCAACAGUGAAUUAAUCAAUCUUCUAAAAUGAGUACUUUUAUAAGAGGAGCAAAAAAAGGAGCCUAAUUGAAGAUGAUGAGAGAAGAGGGAAUAUCAUCAAACAGUAGGUGUCAAGACUGUGGAAAUCAAGCAAAGAAAGAUUGUCCAUAUUUGAGGUGCAGAACUUGCUGUAAAAGCCAAGGGUUUCAGUGUCAAACCCAUGUCAAAAGCACUUGGAUCCCUGUCUCUAGAAGGCGUCCAAGGCACCACCUUCUUCACACUAUUCAACAACAACAACAGCAGCAGCAGCAGAAGCAGCUUCAAGUAAACCCUAAAAGAUACAGAGAAAAUGAUAAUAAUCUUGCUGCAGGUGGGGAAGAAGAAGAUCUACCAACAGAAUUGAGUUUACCAGCAGUAUUUCGAUGUGUUCGAGUAAGUUCAACAGACAAUGUGGUGGAUCAAUAUGCUUAUCAGACAUCAGUGAAAAUAGCAGGACAUGUAUUUAAAGGGAUAUUAUAUGAUCAAGGCCCUGAGACUGAGACUCAUUACACUAAUAUGGCUAGGGAAAGCUCCUCAAAUGGCUUCCAACAAGAGCAACUUACAACAAAUUCAACACAACCACUACCUUCUUACCCUAGUCCUUUUAAUAAUUUCAUGCCUGGUACGCAAUUUUUUCAAUACCCAAAGUCAUCCUAAAAUUUAAAAUUAUUUCUGUUUUUUUUUUUUUUUUAAAUUUAAUAUGUGCAUUCCAUGUGUAAAUGUAAAAUAAUUAUUUCCUUUCAUUCCAUAAUAAGUGAUCUUUUGACCUUUUUAAUUGGUCCAAAAUAAGUGUCCUUUUACAUAAUCAAGAAGAAAUUUAAUUUAACUUUUCUAAAAUUUAUCCUUAUUUAUAUAUCUCAAUGUAUCAAUGUAACAAUAUGUAACUUCAAAUUAAGGGUAAUUUAGUGAAUACAUCUUUUUUUGUAGGAAUUAGUAUUUUCUGCCAAAUACCAAAAAAUCACUUAUUAUAGAUCGGAGA